CUCACACUGGCACUGGGCAGAACACCAGGACAGGAGACAGUGACGGGCAAGACUGUGCUUAGCCUGCUGCAAUGUCACUACUCCUGCUGGAUGAGACAGCUGGAGACCUGCCUGUCAGAGACAGCAGUCCGAAGCCCUCAGUGAUCACAGCUAUUCAAGAUGUGUCAGCCAUUGCUCGUCCCACGAAGGCCCAGGAGCCGAAGACCCGGAUGAGAGAGUUGGUGGUGUGGACAAGGCAGCAUGUGAGCCAGAUGAACCGGGCAGAGCUGGAGAAUGGGUUCCUGCAUCUACGUGACGAGAACCUGGUGCUCAAGGAGUUUGCCUGCAAGCAGGAGGACAGGAUCAAGAGGCUGGGCACUAAGCAGCUGAGACGUACCCAUGAGCGGGCACAGGUUGAGGGCCGUCUGGGCACCAAGGCCGGGUGGUCAGGCUGGGACCUGGAGGAGUCCUUGGAGGAACUGCAGGAGCGUGUGUGGGACCUGGAGCGGUGCAAUGAAGGGCUGCGGAGUCAUCUGCUAUCCUACAAGCAGCAGCUGCAGCUUCAUGGUUGCAGGCGCCACUGGCCCUAUGGCUACGUCCAACCCCGGGUGGACACUGGACUCCGGCAGGUCCAUAGCGCAGGCAGGAGGGGAUGCGGGUGCGUGGUCCAGAGGCCAGACCUACCCACACAGCUCCCCCAAGAUAUAGAGACCACAUCACAGAGGGAGUACGAGCCGAUAUGGAGAGACUAUGUGUUCUUCCCCGAACCAGCACCACGGAAGGGGUAG